AUGUCUCUUUACCUCAUGUCUCUUUACCUCAUGUCUCUUUACCUCAUGUCUCUUUACCUCAUGUCUCUUAUGUCUCUUUACCUCAUGUCUCUUUACCUCAUGUCUCUUUACCUCAUGUCUCUUUAUCUCAUGUCUCUUUACCUCAUGUCUCUUUACCUCAUGUCUCUUUACCUCAUGUCUCUUUACCUCAUGUCUCUUAUGUCUCUUUACCUCAUGUCUCUUUACCUCAUGUCUCUUUACCUCAUGUCUCUUUACCUCAUGUCUCUUUACCUCAUGUCUCUUUACCUCAUGUCUCUUUACCUCAUGUCUCUUUACCUCAUGUCUCUUUACCUCAUGUCUCUUAUGUCUCUUUACCUCAUGUCUCUUUACCUCAUGUCUCUCAUGUCUCUUUACCUCAUGUCUCUUUACCUCAUGUCUCUUUACCUCAUGUCUCUUAUGUCUCUUUACCUCAUGUCUCUUUACCUCAUGUCUCUUUACCUCAUGUCUCUUUACCUCAUGUCUCUUUACCUCAUGUCUCUUUACCUCAUGUCUCUUAUGUCUCUUUACCUCAUGUCUCUUUACCUCAUGUCUCUUUACCUCAUGUCUCUUUAUCUCAUGUCUCUUUACCUCAUGUCUCUUUACCUCAUGUCUCUUUACCUCAUGUCUCUUUACCUCAUGUCUCUUAUGUCUCUUUACCUCAUGUCUCUUUACCUCAUGUCUCUUUACCUCAUGUCUCUUUACCUCAUGUCUCUUUACCUCAUGUCUCUUUACCUCAUGUCUCUUAUGUCUCUUUACCUCAUGUCUCUUUACCUCAUGUCUCUUUACCUCAUGUCUCUUUACCUCAUGUCUCUUUACCUCAUGUCUCUUUACCUCAUGUCUCUUUACCUCAUGUCUCUUAUGUCUCUUUACCUCAUGUCUCUUUACCUCAUGUCUCUUUACCUCAUGUCUCUUUACCUCAUGUCUCUUUACCUCAUGUCUCUUUACCUCAUGUCUCUUUACCUCAUGUCUCUUAUGUCUCUUUACCUCAUGUCUCUUUACCUCAUGUCUCUCAUGUCUCUUUACCUCAUGUCUCUUUACCUCAUGUCUCUUUACCUCAUGUCUCUUUAUCUCAUGUCUCUUUACCUCAUGUCUCUUUACCUCAUGUCUCUUUACCUCAUGUCUCUUAUGUCUCUUUACCUCAUGUCUCUUUACCUCAUGUCUCUUUACCUCAUGUCUCUUUACCUCAUGUCUCUUUACCUCAUGUCUCUUUACCUCAUGUCUCUUUACCUCAUGUCUCUUAUGUCUCUUUACCUCAUGUCUCUUUACCUCAUGUCUCUCAUGUCUCUUUACCUCAUGUCUCUUUACCUCAUGUCUCUUUACCUCAUGUCUCUUUAUCUCAUGUCUCUUUACCUCAUGUCUCUUAUGUCUCUUUACCUCAUGUCUCUUUACCUCAUGUCUCUUUACCUCAUGUCUCUUUACCUCAUGUCUCUUAUGUCUCUUUACCUCAUGUCUCUUUAUCUCAUGUCUCUUUACCUCAUGUCUCUUAUGUCUCUUUACCUCAUGUCUCUUUACCUCAUGUCUCUUUACCUCAUGUCUCUUUACCUCAUGUCUCUUUACCUCAUGUCUCUUUAUCCCAUGUCUCUUUACCUCAUGUCUCUUAUGUCUCUUUACCUCAUGUCUCUUAUGUCUCUUUACCUCAUGUCUCUUUAUCUCAUGUCUCUUUACCUCAUGUCUCUUAUGUCUCUUUACCUCAUGUCUCUUAUGUCUCUUUACCUCAUGUCUCUUAUGUCUCUUUACCUCAUGUCUCUUUACCUCAUGUCUCUUUACCUCAUGUCUCUUUACCUCAUGUCUCUUUACCUCAUGUCUCUUUACCUCAUGUCUCUUUACCUCAUGUCUCUUUACCUCAUGUCUCUUUACCUCAUGUCUCUUUACCUCAUGUCUCUUUACCUCAUGUCUCUUAUGUCUCUUUACCUCAUGUCUCUUUACCUCAUGUCUCUUUACCUCAUGUCUCUUUACCUCAUGUCUCUUUACCUCAUGUCUCUUUACCUCAUGUCUCUUUACCUCAUGUCACUUUACCUCAUGUCUCUUUACCUCAUGUCUCUUUACCUCAUGUCUCUUUACCUCAUGUCUCUUUACCUCAUGUCACUUUACCUCAUGUCUCUCAUGUCUCUUUACCUCAUGUCUCUUUACCUCAUGUCUCUUUACCUCAUGUCUCUUUACCUCAUGUCUCUCAUGUCUCUUUACCUCAUGUCUCUUUACCUCAUGUCUCUUUACCUCAUGUCUCUUAUGUCUCUUUACCUCAUGUCUCUUUACCUCAUGUCUCUUUACCUCAUGUCUCUUUACCUCAUGUCUCUUUACCUCAUGUCUCUCAUGUCUCUUUACCUCAUGUCUCUUUACCUCAUGUCUCUUUACCUCAUGUCUCUUAUGUAUCUUUACCUCAUGUCUCUUUACCUCAUGUCUCUUUACCUCAUGUCUCUUUACCUUAUGUCUCUUUACCUCAUGUCUCUUUACCUCAUGUCACUUUACCUCAUGUCUCUUUACCUCAUGUCACUUUACCUCAUGUCUCUUUACCUCAUGUCUCUUUACCUCCUGUCUCUUUACCUCAUGUCUCUUUACCUCAUGUCUCUUUACCUCAUGUCACUUUACCUCAUGUCUCUUUACCUCAUGUCUCUUUACCUCAUGUCUCUUUACCUCCUGUCUCUUUACCUCAUGUCUCUUUACCUCAUGUCUCUUUACCUCAUGUCUCUUUACCUCAUGUCUCUUUACCUCCUGUCUCUUUACCUCAUGUCUCUUAUGUCUCUUUACCUCAUGUCUCUUUACCUCAUGUCUCUUUACCUCAUGUCUCUUUACCUCCUGUCUCUUUACCUCAUGUCUCUUUACCUCAUGUCUCUUAUGUCUCUUUACCUCAUGUCUCUUUACCUCAUGUCUCUUUACCUCAUGUCUCUUUACCUCAUGUCUCUUUACCUCCUGUCUCUUUACCUCAUGUCUCUUAUGUCUCUUUACCUCAUGUCUCUUUACCUCAUGUCUCUUUACCUCAUGUCUCUUUACCUCAUGUCUCUUUACCUCAUGUCUCUUUACCUCAUGUCUCUUUACCUCCUGUCUCUUUACCUCAUGUCUCUUUACCUCAUGUCUCUUUACCUCAUGUCUCUUUACCUCAUGUCUCUUUACCUCAUGUCUCUUUACCUCAUGUCUCUUUACCUCAUGUCUCUUUACCUCAUGUCUCUUUACCUCAUGUCUCUUUACCUCAUGUCUCUUUACCUCAUGUCUCUUAUGUCUCUUUACCUCAUGUCUCUCAUGUCUCUCAUGUCUCUUUACCUCAUGUCUCUUUACCUUAUGUCUCUUUACCUCAUGUCUCUUUACCUCAUGUCUCUUUACCUCAUGUCUCUUUACCUCAUGUCUCUUUACCUUAUGUCUCUUUACCUCAUGUCUCUUUACCUCAUGUCUCUUUACCUCAUGUCUCUUUACCUCAUGUCUCUUAUGUCUCUUUACCUCAUGUCUCUUUACCUCAUGUCUCUUUACCUCAUGUCUCUUUACCUCAUGUCUCUUUACCUCAUGUCUCUUAUGUCUCUUUACCUCAUGUCUCUUUACCUCAUGUCUCUUUACCUCAUGUCUCUUUACCUCAUGUCUCUCAUGUCUCUUUACCUCAUGUCUCUUUACCUCAUGUCUCUUUACCUCAUGUCUCUUUAUCUCAUGUCUCUUUACCUCAUGUCUCUUAUGUCUCUUUACCUCAUGUCUCUUUACCUCAUGUCUCUUUACCUCAUGUCUCUUUAUCUCAUGUCUCUUUACCUCAUGUCUCUUAUGUCUCUUUACCUCAUGUCUCUUAUGUCUCUUUACCUCAUGUCUCUUUAUCUCAUGUCUCUUUACCUCAUGUCUCUUAUGUCUCUUUACCUCAUGUCUCUUAUGUCUCUUUACCUCAUGUCUCUUAUGUCUCUUUACCUCAUGUCUCUUUACCUCAUGUCUCUUUACCUCAUGUCUCUUUACCUCAUGUCUCUUUACCUCAUGUCUCUUUACCUCAUGUCUCUUUACCUCAUGUCUCUUUACCUCAUGUCUCUUUACCUCAUGUCUCUUAUGUCUCUUUACCUCAUGUCUCUUUACCUCAUGUCUCUUUACCUCAUGUCUCUUAUGUCUCUUUACCUCAUGUCUCUUUACCUCAUGUCUCUUUACCUCAUGUCUCUUUACCUCAUGUCUCUUUACCUCAUGUCUCUUAUGUCUCUUUACCUCAUGUCUCUUUACCUCAUGUCUCUUUACCUCAUGUCUCUUUACCUCAUGUCUCUUUACCCUCAUGCCUCUGUGAACUGUUCUUAG